AUGGCUUCCAUUCCAUUCCAAUACACACCCCUUGACAAAGGAAAAACGGAAAUUCGCCUGCUUGAAAUCAUCCCACAAGUCGACUCUAGCCUGAAAUACUCUUUAACGACAUCCAAUCUCAAAACAAGUCCGCCGUAUAUUGCUCUUUCGUAUACUUGGGGAAAUGAUGAGCCUAGCCACACGAUCGUAGUUAAUGGGCGAGUCUUUAAAGUACGAGACAACUUGAGCUACGUGUUGCCGCACUUGGCGAAACUCCGACGCAAUGGGGAACAGUCUGGAUUCCGACGAGACGAGCAAUACUUUUGGAUUGAUGCUAUCUGUAUUGAUCAGCAAGAUACAAAAGAGCGCAAUCAUCAGGUGGCCAUAAUGGCAGACAUCUUUAACAGCGCUUCCCUGACAAUUGCGUGGUUGGGCCCAGAAGACGAGCACUUUCGAACCCUGACUACGGUCAAUUUAGGAGAUUUACAGAAAUCACGAGAUUCUCGAGAGAGCCAUGCAAACCUCCAACGUCGGCUUUUGGCAGAAUUACAAGAAUUACAAAAUCAUGGAGAAGAUGGUCUGAGCCACCCCCUUGACUCCCCCACACCCUACGACGCAGCCUUCGACCAGGAUUUCAACGAAGAUGAAGAGCAGUUGUGGCAUCAGGUCAAAUCCUGUAUGGAGAAAAUCGCUUGCAUGGAGUAUUUCACCAGAAUGUGGAUUAUACAAGAGAUUUUGCUGUCCCGAGAGUUGUGGGUCAUGUGCGGCAACAGUAUAUGUACGUGGCGAGCUCUGGAGGAAUGUUGGCUGCAUUGCUUCGGUAUAGGGGACCCAAGGUAUAGAGAUCUUGCGUUCAAGGUCUCCAAAUUUAUGGACCGGGUCUUGGAAGAAGUCAGAAAUCCGACAGAUCCGCUGCACUCAGUAAUGGCAUCACGGUUUCUGCGCAACGAGCGGUCAUUCCGUCUGGACGUUCUGGUACACCUCUACCACGACAGAAGAUGCAAAGACCCUCUCGAUUGA